AUGGUGUUGUGUAACAAAGCACCAGAUCCUGAGAAAGUACCUUCCAAAACAUUAGAAAUGGCAGCAAUGAUGGAAGAUAAAGGAUCAGUUGGAGCAGCAGAGCCGUCCUCUCUUUUACCAAUGGUGUUGUGCAACAAAGCCCCAGAACCAGAAAAUGUUCCUUCUAAAAUGUUGGAAAUCAUAGCAAUAACACUGGAUAAUGGGUCAGUUGGAGCAUCAGAAGAAUCAUCUUCUCUCUUACCAAUAGUAUUAUGCAAUAAUGCACCAGAACCUGAGAAGGUACCUUCCAAUACGUUAGAAAUAGCGGCAAUAAUAGAUGACAAUGGAUCAGUUGGAACAGAUGAAUCGUCUUCUCUCUUACCGAUAGUGUUGUGCAAUAAGGCACCAGAUCCUGAAAAUGAACCCUCUAAGAUAUUGGAGAUGGCAGCAAUAACACUAGAUAAUGGAUCGGUUGGAACGUCUGAAGAAGCGGCUUCAUCUGAACCAGUUGCAGAAGCAGAACUUCCAGUAACUGCUCCCAAGAUACUUGAAAGUGGGUUGGAUGAAUCUUCUCUAGCAAUAAGUUCAUUGGCUUGUUGUGGAAUAACAGCAGCUUGGACAGAACCUGAAGCAAUUAAAGUAAUAGUCAAAAUGUUAUUGAAUUUCAUUUUAGUAGCGAAUUAA